ACGCGUCCUGCACUACCAACUGCCUUGCACCUUUGGCCAAGGUUUUGAAUGACAAAUUCGGUAUCGUUGAGGGUCUUAUGACUACUAUCCAUUCCUACACCGCUACCCAGAAGACUGUCGACGGUCCCUCGUCUAAGGAUUGGCGCGGUGGGCGUACCGCUGCUACCAAUAUCAUACCAAGCAGCACUGGCGCCGCCAAGGCUGUUGGUAAAGUCAUUCCAGAACUCAACGGAAAGCUCACCGGAAUGGCUAUGCGUGUUCCAACUCAGAAUGUCUCUGUUGUGGAUCUCACUGCUCGUCUCGAGCGGGGAGCCACUUAUGAACAAAUCAAGGCUGCCAUCAGGGAGGCAGCCGAAGGCCCUCUCAACGGGAUCCUCGCUUACUCUGAGGAUGAGCUUGUUUCCACUGAUCUCAAUGGCCACAACGCCUCGUCUAUCUUCGAUGCUAAGGCCGGUAUCUCUUUGAAUGACAACUUUGUCAAGGUUGUUAGUUGGUACGAUAAUGAAUGGGGCUACUCUCGUCGUGUUUUGGAUUUGAUCUGUUAUGUCGCCAAGGUUGAUAAGCAGUAAAUGUGUUACAAACCAAGGCGAUUUCCCCAA